UAUAGCACUAAGGUCAGGCGUGUUCUCUGAUGUGGGCAGUAGAGGGAGCAGAUGCACGUGGAGGGUGGGGGUGUGCGACAAACCUGCAAUCCUAGGAGAGAAGCUGGUAAUGGACUGAACUGUCCCCAUUGUGACAGGAGAUGAACUUUGAGGACGUGGCCAUCACCUUCUCCCAGGAGGAGUGGGGGCUUCUUGAUGAGGCUCAGAGACUUCUGUACUGCGACGUGAUGCUGGAAAUCUAUGCACUUGCAGCAUCGCUAGGUUGUUGGCAUAACUUGGCAAAUGAGGAGGCCCCUUCUGCGCACAGUGUGUCUGUAGAAGGAGAGUCACAGGUAAGAGCUUCUGAGACAGUGCCAGCAGCCCGGAGGACCCACCCCUGCAGGCAGGGUGUCUCAGUGUUCAGAGAUAUUCUGCACCUGAAUGAGUGCCAAGCAGCAAACCUUGAAAAUGAAACGUGCUUCAGAGCUGCCUCUGUGAGCGGCUCCUGCUUCAGUGCAGACUUUGCCCAGCAACAGAGGGAAGCCAGUGGGGAGAAGCCCUGCAGAGGAGAGGCGGACAGCAACUUGGUGACCGGGGGCAGCUUCUGUGCAUCAGGGACGCCUUUCACGCGUCAGGAUGUUGGGGCGGAAUUUCCAGCCAUCUCCGGCCCUCUCCAGCUCCAGUCCACUCUUAUCACUGAGGGCCCACACAGUGGCAGUGAUGGUGGGCAGGCCGCUCACAGUGGAAGAAGUCAUGCAUCGGACGAGUGUGAAAAGGCUGCUCUCCACAGUCAGAACCUUGAUCAGCGGCAGAGUACCUGUUCCGGAGAAGGGCUUCAUGAGUGUAGCAAGUGUGGGAGGGUCACUCCACAUAGAAGGGUUCCCACAGGAGGGAAACCGGAUCUGUACAGUGUGUGUGGGACAUGCUUUCACGGCGAAGAUUUCCUCAUUCCACACCAGAGCAUUCACACUGUAGAAAAGCGUUACGAGUGCGGUGAUUGUGGGAAAUGCCUUGGCUAUAAAAUUGAUCUCAUUCGACACCAGAGAAUUCAUACUGGUGAAAAGCCAUAUCAGUGUAGUGAUUGUGGGAAGUCCUUCAGACAAAGCUGUGCCCUCAUUCAACACAAAAGAAUUCACACCGGAGAGAAGCCAUAUGAAUGCGGUUACUGUGGGAAGUCCUUCAGACAAAGGACUAACUUCAUUCUGCACAAAAGAGUACACACUGGAGAAAGACCUUACGAGUGUAAUGAGUGUGAGAAAUCUUUUACCCGCACAUAUAACCUGCUCACACACCAGAGAAUUCACACUGGAGAAAAGCCCUACGAGUGUAGCGAUUGUGGGAAGACCUUCAGAGAAAGCUCUACCCUCAUUAAACACAAAAGAGUGCACACUGGAGAAAGACCUUAUAAGUGUAAUGAAUGUGGGAAGGCUUUUACCCGCACAUCUAACCUCCUUAGACACCAGAGACUUCACACUGAAGAAAGGCCUUAAGCAUAACAACACGGAGGAGACUCAGAGUUAUUUACCUGAAUUUAACUUCCUGUUCAUGGAACAUACACUCUGCUAGGUUCCUGAUGAGUCAAGUUCACGAGAGGCCUUAAGGGGCUGCAUUGCACUGUAACCUGCAAGGGCUAUUACCAGGUUGAUCGAUGUCACUGCCAGUUUUUGUGGCUGGAACCAUUUCACCUCUCCCACCUGGCUCCUCUGGACCGUGUGCCUCAGUCACACCUGCGUGCUCAGGGAAGAUGACAUCCGUGUCCUCGCUUUUGCCUGGGAAAAUUAUGAAUACUCAGCUGUGGUCGGGAUCCUCAAUUCUUCCUCUCUGACUAGGGAAUGGACCUGAACCCCCAUCCUCAGCGAAGGUCGUGUUUCUCAUGGACACUGUUGUUCGCACAUUAUGCUGCGGUGAAUUUUUCCAGGUCAUCCUUCACUACCCUGGAAACUGCUCUGAUUUAUGACCAUUUUGUGAAGUUUUUUGUUUUUGUACUUUUGUUGCUGUUAUUAAUUCUCACGUGAGGAUUAGAGAGAGAGGA